GAAAAUUUCCUGCCUUCAAGUUUGUUUUAUCCUUUUAAUAUUACUAGACCAAAUGAUGCACUAAUAACUGUUAAAAUAUCCAACAACUUUCUAAUCGCGGCAACAGUUAAAAAUACCUUAGUAAAGUUUGAUCUUAAAAAAUAUUCGGAUUUUUCUGAAGUUGAAAUAUGUCGUUCUACUGACGAUCGUGUUCACAAUAUUUUUAUGGACCCUAAAGGCCGGCACAUAAUAAUUAGCAUGCAAUCUGGUUCUAAUUUUUACACAACGCGUUCUAUGAAGAAAGUUCGUCCGAUUCAUAAAGCAAAAGAUUAUCUUAUCGAUUCUGUUGCCUGGAACAAGCACAAUAUCAGUGAUAACACCACACAGGAAAUACUGAUUGGGACAAAUGACGGCUUAAUAUUUGAAACUCAAUUGAGCACCGGAGACGAAAGUCGAUUUCUGUCGAGUAAUGUUGAACAAUUUUGGAAGCAGGUACCCUUUGAUAUUUUUUAUUGUUUUCUCAUAGUUAUAAUUAAUUUACUCUUAUAA